AUACUGAAAGAACCUACAUCUAUUAGAAGCGACAAGCAAACCAUGUAAAUUAUAGAUUUGAAUCAAUAUCAUUGUAGUUUUACAAAAGAGUUCUUCUUCUAAUGAAUCGAUGAAAUAUUAGAAUUUGCCUCUAUACCGAUUAAUCGAAAUAUCGAUAAAUUUAAAUAGUGCUACGAAAUUUUGAGGCUACAGGCUAUUGAGUGCGUGUCCAGUACGCGCUGUGACUUGUUUGGAAUUAUUUAUAAUAUUGGGCAAAAGUGAAAUAAAGACUUUCUACUGCGGGACAAAUCAAGCGAAUUCAAACACAAUAAUUAGUUUAAUAAUAUAUAUACUACGCAAAAAAUGGAUAAAAUAAGUGAGAAUGCUCGAGAGAAUCCAACAUUGAAGAUAUCUGAGUUGAAUAUGACACCAAUACUGCUUGCUGCGAUAUUGGGAUUCAUUGUAAUGGCAAUUAUAUUGAUAUUGCGAAGGCGCUCUUUGGGCAGAAGAGAUUUCCUUUUGAUUGGAUUAAGCGAGUCUGGAAAAAGUGCGAUCUUUAUGCAAAUGCUGCAUAACAAAUUUCCCGAUACAUUCACCUCCAUAACAGAAAACGUGGGUGAAUAUCAUUCUGGGCGAAUGUCCGGUCGUCUUGUUGACAUUCCCGGGCAUUAUAGAGUGCGGGACAAAUGCUUUGAUCAGUACAAACGCUCUGCUAAAGGCAUAAUAUUUGUCGUUGAUUCUGUCACAGUACAAAAAGAAGUGCGCGACGUGGCUGAUGCACUAUACAGCGUGCUCACAGAUCCUGCUACCCUCGCAUGCCCAUUGCUUGUGCUUUGCAAUAAGCAAGAUCUGAGCACAUCAAAAGGCGCUCAGGUUAUAAAAAGUAUAUUGGAAAAGGAGAUGAACAUUGUUCGUGUUACACGUUCUCGUAAAUUGCAGUCAGUAGGAGAGGAGGAUGGGUCUAAACCAGUGUUUCUGGGUAAAGAAGGCAAAGACUUUGAAUUUUCGCACAUUCAACAAAACGUACAAUUCGAUGAAUCCUCUGCAAAGGAAAAUCAGUUAAAUAAUUUAUCCGAUUGGAUAGAUAGAAUGCUGUGAAAUAAUGUAAAUUUAGAUAGUGUUUGACACAAGCCCAUGGUUACCAUAAACUUUUAAUCGACGCUUCCUUCAAAGACACAUUAUUUCUUUGUCCUUAAAUGCCGUCUACCGGUUUGCCUAAUCUGAAAGGAAUAAUAUUAUUUUUAAAGUC